CAGAUAAAAUAAUAUUUUUCACAAACAACAGCUGAACAAAUUUUGAAAGUAAAAUUGAGAACAACAACGAAAAAAGAAACAAUAGUCACUGUAAUAAUAUUUUCGCAUUCACGAGAUAAUGUACAUAGCACACGUACGUAAAUGCAUCAUAACAAAGCGUCGAAUGAAAGUAAACAUUGAAAGCGGAACAGGAACAAUGUAAUACAUUCAGCAUGGCUUAAAGAAAAUCGAAACGCAAAGUGGAAGAGUUUGAAGUCUUGCAUGAAUGGGCAGAAAGAAGCCUUAUAUGAAAAAGGAAACCAACGCCAAACGAAAUGUUAUACUAAAGCGCAGGACUAGGGAAUCCCAAUGAAGGUUGUAAGUGUUAUUGAAUGACGCACAAAACCCCCGGAUCAGACCGCAUAAUCCGCUAGUGAAAAGCAAGGAAACACAGUAGGCGAAGAGGAAAAACAAAAAACAAAAAAACCUGGCAACAACAAAAAAAAAAGCUAAAACUGUAAAGAACCGUGAAAAGCAGAAACAAAAACGCAAAACAACAGAAGUAAAACACCCCAAAACGAUAAAGUUUAAAUUACCAUUUAUAGCGCAAAUGUAAAUGUAAGCACAAAUGGGGACAUUUUGAGAACGAACGCAUCAAGCGCAUGUUGUCAACUGUCCUAAACCAACAGCAACAGCAACAGCACAACAACAAAAAGCAAAAACUAACUACAAACAAUAACAUAAAAACAUUGCCAUCUCACCAUUACUAAAUACUAUAAUCAACCUUAUUUCACUUACACAUCGCCAACGCGGACACCGUAGCCUUCGACUUCGACUUCGACUUUGUGACUUCGCCAACGUCCAUCGUCAUAAUAAUACCAUAGAAGUGACAUUAAGACAGUUACCGUCAGCGCGUAACACUCGCAACAUAGUAUUGCAGUCACAUAAACAAACAUUCAAACAUACAUACAUAUGUACAUAUACUACACACUACAUUGAAUAUAACAGUAAGAAAGGCAAGAAGAAUUACCACACUCAAUUGUAUAGCCGCCGCAUUUGCCGCAAAACAAAAAAAAAACAUCAUAAAAUGUUGCAAGACACCAAUAGUACCGCCAUACAGCCAAAAGUCGUUGUAAUUCGACGACGUCCGAAUCAAGGUUUCGGUUUUACGCUGCGUCAUUUCAUUGCCUACCCACCGGAAGAUGAUCCCUCUUGGCCACAGGAAGCAUCUGAUCCGUACCACCACCAAGUGAAAGCUAUGGAAACCAUUUUCAUAAAAGAAGUUCAAACGAACGGACCUGCUCACUACGCCAACCUGCAGACGGGCGAUCGCGUUCUAAUGGUGAACAACACACCCAUCGCUGGUCUAACAUACAGUACAAUCGUGUCGAUGAUCAAACAAACGCCUUCAGUGUUGACGUUGCAUGUGGUGCCCAAGGAGUGCGACGUACUGCAGAUGCACUACACCAGCAUUGCGCACACACCAGAAACAAAUCGUCUUGCCACAGCGCCUCGACCCAUACCAUCGCCUGUAACUGUGGGCAAUGGUAAUGCAGCUGGCGCAUUAAUACCAAUCACACCAGCUGCUGCUGCUGCUGCAUCUGCAUCUGCAUCUGCAUCUACUACAAAAUCAUUUUCACACCAACAGCAAUUGAUCUCAUAUCCACCGCUGAGCGGUGGCAAUGGUAGUGGUGGUGGAGGUGGAGGUGGAGGUAUUGGCGCCGGAGGAAAGGCUAGUCGUUCGGGCAGUAUUACAAGCUCUGGUAGCAGUAGCUUCCGCCCCACACUGGUGGGGAGCGGCGGCGAAUUUGUUGAUAUGUCAUCGCAGGGACUGCACCAGCAUAGCGGACGUUUGCUGAUACGAGACGAUGGCGGCGGAGGCUUUCUGUCGCGGUAAGUGUACAAAUAUUUGCAUAUUA